AGUUGGCCGAAAGCGCUAACGCACACGCACGUUUGUUUUCCCUUGGUGUGCACGGCGAGUGAAGAAGCAACGCGACGACAACUUCUGGGUCGUGGAGCUAUUCGGCUGCGCUCCACAUCACGUUUCUUUCUACGUGGUCGUUGCCGUUUUUCUUUCUUUGGCUGCCAUGUCCAAACUUCCUCCGUGUUGCGCGCAGUGGCGCUUAGUGGACAUCGGCCUCAACCUCACGGACAAGAUGUUCCAGGGCUCCUACAACGGCCACCACCAACACCAGCCCGAUAUCGAGGCGGUGCUCCAACGCGCCGUCGAUGUCGGCGUCCACGGCGUCCUCCUCACAGGCGGCAAUCUGAAGGAGAGCCGUGCGGUGAUCGAGAUGUGCCGCGAGUACACCAGUGCGGACCUGACCCUCUACUGCACCGUGGGCUGCCACCCAACGCGUUGCACGGAGUUCGAGAAGGACCCUACGGGCUACCUCGCUGCUCUGGACGACUUAAUCCAUCAGCACUCCGUCCGCGCCGGUGGCUGCGUGGCCGCCGUCGGCGAAAUCGGCCUCGACUACGACCGUCUCUUUUUCUGUGAGAAGGACACGCAGCGGCGGUACUUCACGGCACAGCUGGAGAUGGCACAGCGACACCGGCUGCCCUUGUUCCUGCACGACCGCCACACCGAAGGCGAUUUCUUAGAGCUGCUGCGGCCGCACUUGGCGGACUUGACGGGCGGCGUCGUACACAGCUUCACCGGUACGGCAGAGGAGCUACAACAAUACGUUGCGGAGGGUCUCUUUAUCGGCAUCAACGGCUGUAGUCUUAAGACGGAUGCCAACGUCGCCGUGGUGAAGGCGAUGCCUCUGAACCGGUUGCUGCUCGAGACAGACGCGCCGUGGUGCGAGAUGAAGAACACGCACGCGUCGAAGAAGGUCUUGAGCAACGCCGCCGCCGCGUCGGCGUCGCAGCAAAGUCUUUCCGAUGCCAUCCUUUCCUCCUUUCCUUUAUGCCGCAAGGACAAGUACAAGGAGGGGUGCAUGGUGAAGAGCCGCAACGAGCCGUGUGCGACGGCGCAGGUGCUGGAGGUGGUGUACGAGCUCCGCAAGGAUGAGGUGAAGAGCAUCGAGGAGCUGGCUGAUAUCGUGCUGCAAAACACGCAGCGGCUUUUCCCGUUUUGA